AAAAAAAUAAAUAUCCAUAUACCUUUUAGUAAUCAGCAUUUUUAAUUUGUAAGAUCAAAUAAUAACUGAAAUUAAUCAGGUGUUAACUUAUCCGACUCUUUAUAAAUAAAAAAAAAUGAAAAUCCACUUAUUAAAACGUGACAAUUUUUUUUUUUUAUAACUUAUGUGAAAGUUUCUAAAAUGUUAUUUUUAUUGUUAACUUUUUUAUCAGUUUAUGUCUCUAGGACAAUUUCAGAACAGACAGUACAGUGGAAUUCAGACGUAACCACGCGGAUUACUAGGCCAUUAAUUCGUGAAUAUUCAGAACCAUGGACAAGUCAUGAAUUUAAAAAUCAAUUUUUUCAUUAUAAAACUCAUUUCGAUAUAAUUAUUAAACAAGGUACAAGAUUUUCAUUAAAAGUGGAUUCUUCUUCGAUAAUAGAAAUGUUAUAUUUUUAUUGUCUCACCGAUACGCCAACAGGAACAUUUAACAUGAUAAAUUUUGCUGGUGAAACUAAUUCAACAAGAACUUUGAUAGCAAAUUUUAAUUGUGUACCUAUGAUAUCAGUUUCACACAAUAUUCCAAUAGUGAUGACAAUUGAAACAAAAAAUUGGAUACCAUUGCCUAUUUUUGACUCUAAUGAUGUAACACUUGCAACAUCAUUGGAAAUUGAGUCUACAUUUUAUGAAAAUAUACAAAUUUUCGGUUUUAUUGAAAAUUAUUAUACACAAAUGUUGCUGUCUGCAAAUGAUAUUAUUAAUAUAAAAUUAUCAGAUUAUAGUUUAUAUCAAGGUUUACAAAAUCAUAUUGAUGUGGUUGAAUAUUACGAUUAUUUGACUGCUAGCAAAAAUUUUUAUUCUUCAUUAGAUCGAACAAUUUUAUUUAUACGCUCAGAAAAAUGUUAUGAUGAUUCAUGUUCAAAUACGUAUUUUAAUUCCCAUUGGAUAUCAGUUAUUGAUGAAAUAGAAAAUUUUCUAAAACCAACAAAAGAAUCGAGUUGGAUUUUAUUGGAAAAAUUUGCUCACUAUUAUAAUAGAAAAGAAAUUGUUGAUGGUUUUGGAGAAAUAUUUAAUUUGUGGAAUGAUAUUUUUGCUAUUUUGUAUCAACAAAAAUUCCAAACAAAAAAUAAUCUAUCAACAUUUUCGUUUAAUUCGGUAUCGAAUUAUCGCAAAGGUUUUCCAUUUAUAAAAUGGAGUUACGAGGAAAAAUUAAAUUUAUUUAUGUGUUUUUUUGGAUACGAUGGUACUGACACGCUUUUAAGAGAAUUUCGUAUUCGUUACAACAAUAAUUUUAAUAACAUAAUUCCAAUUAUUUUGGAAAUAUUUCUCGAUAUUUACGAUAUUAAUUUAUUACCAUUUUUACAGAAAAUAAUCCCUUUUAAAAAUUAUAAUAUUCCUUUAUUGAGUCCAGAUUUAGAAUUACGAGUCUUAAGUGGACAUUCUGUGAUGCCUGCUGUAGAUUUUAAUAUAAAUCCAACUCAAUUGCAAAUUAGGAGUAAGGAACGAGAUUUAAGAAAAAUUUCCCCUUUAAUGUUAUUGACAAAAGCGAGAAAUAUUUAUUUUUUGGUGAAAUUUGCCAUUGAAUCGCCAAUUGAUCUUACGGGUAGAUGUCUUUAUUUAAAUAAUAAAUGUCAUCAAAUUGAGGGAAAUUUGAUAAAAUUAAAAUUAUUAAACAAUGUUUACUCAAUAUAUAUUGCAGAGGAAAUAGAUAAUAAUUUAUAUGUCAGUGAACUAACGUAUCAUACUAUUUCCAAAAAUAUGUUAAUUCAAGUUAAAAUAGACAAAAUUGAAGAAAAUAAAAUAAUUUUACCCUUCGUGCAUUAUAAUUUUGAUGCACAAGGUAUAAGUGACAUUGUAUUUUUACGAAUGUUUAUUAACUAUAAAGAUAUGACAUUAGCAAUAAAACAAUUAACCGAUCAAAUUCAUGAUUAUUUUAAAGACGAUCUAUAUUUUUCAUUAUCUUUAGAACGAAAUGGUUCUUUAAUUUUUAAAUAUGAAUUUUUUGGCGCAUCAUCGCAAAAUAAACAAUCGCUUAUUAAUGUCGUGCAUAAAUUUAAAAUAAAUGAUAAAAUUAAUAUUUAUCAUCGAGAACCGCAUCGUUUGCAAAUUAAUAUACCAGAUUAUAAUAAUGAAUCACCUACAAAUAUUUUUGUUUUUACAAAUGUUGGUUUACACAAUGUUGCUGAUGGAAAUGACUUUAAAUUUAUUUCCGCGGAUAUUAAGAGAAUUGAUAAAUUUAUGAAAAAUUACUCUGUUGAUUUAAGUUAUAAUCCUUACACUAAAUUAUAA